AUGCAGAGCGAGGCAGAGUUCUACAUGCGGUUGCAUGCAUCUAACAAGUUGGAGGGGAUCAUGACAUAUAAGCGAAAUUUGGAGGGAACCAUAUUCAAACAGACAAGUUUACGUAGCCUCCGUAGCCUCCAGGAAUGGAUAAGCACAGUGGGGCUCUCUGAUGAGUUAAAAAACAUAAUCAUGGCAUAUGCGACACCAAUACUGGAAAAUCAAAACAAUGAUUUUGAUACAGAGAAUCCAUUCCCUCGUUUUCCCACACCAAUUAAAAGAUUGAUUAUGCGCCAUCUCUGCUUGCCCCUGCUAAAGAAAGUGCCCAUAUUCAAAAACGAAAGUGAAGAAUUGUUGUAUGAGAUAACCAAUGAGUUUCUUAAGCAUGGGCACUACAGUCAAAGUAGCUACAUUGUUCGAGAGAAAGAACCAUUGGAGGUGCUAAUCUUCAUUGUGAAAGGAAAGGUGAGGAUGUAUUCAAGUAAUCAUGGCAACAAAGGCGAGUAUCUUAAAGCAGGUGACUUCUUUGGUGGAGAGCUUGUGGAGUGGGCGUUGGAAUCCCCUGAACCAUCCAACUUUCGCUUAUCGACAUGGACUCUCAAAUGUCAAACAAAAGUUGAAGGGUUUUAUCUUACGGAUAGCGACCUUAAGGAUAUGAUGUCUCAAUUCUAG